GUCGCUCAUUCCUCAGGUGUGUAUGUGUGUGUGUGUGUGUGUGUGUGUAUCACUGAUCAAGUCGCGUGCAGUCAUGCUUAGUCCUGCCAGCGGACUCCAGCUCCUCGCGCUGCUGCUGCUGCUGAGCACAAGCCGGUCAGCCGUUCACAACGACGCCACCGAGUCAGUUCAUCCUCAGGAGGGCGACGACACCCAGCACGAGCCGGCUGCCGAAGACACGAACCAGGCGAGGAACGGCGGGAGACGGCCGGCUGACCCUGUGCGUAACGGUCCAGAUCAGAGUCAGGUGGGCUGCAGGGAGCUGAGGUCCACAAAGUACAUCUCUGAUGGUCAGUGCACGAGCGUCAACCCCAUUAAGGAGCUGGUGUGUGCUGGGGAGUGUCUGCCGGCCCACCUGCUGCCCAACUGGAUUGGCGGUGGGGGUUACACUGGUAGGUACUGGAGCCGCCGCGAUGCCCAGGAGUGGCGCUGCGUUAUUGACCGGACCAGGACCCAGCGGAUCCGGCUGCAGUGCCAGGACGGCAGCUCCAGGACCUACAAGAUAACUGUGGUGACCUCCUGCAAGUGCAAGCGCUACUCCAGACAGCAGAAUGACUCAGGACACAAGGACACACCUGUCCACAGUGGUAAACCGAGGAAGAAUCAGAGGAAGGCUGAACUCCCUGAGGAGGGAGCCGGGAGGCAGUCUGACAACUAAAACCACUGUAAUCCUGCUGUUACAAUGAAAACUCAUAACAGCCACUAAUGCCUUCAUCAUGAAGUCUAUGGAUGAAUUAUGUGUGCAAAUAAUAACCAAAUAUUUAAGAGGCAGACCAAAUAGAAGAAAAGUGAGUAGCGUAGAUUUGUCUCCAGAUUCACAUUUUUGUGUCACAGAAAACUGUUUUAAGAUUCCUCUGUUGCUCCGAGUACAGUUAGUUAGUGGAAUAAUUCAAGAUAUUGGGAAAUAAGCUUAUUUGCUUUCUUUCAUACAUUUAAAUGUUCAGAUGGAUAUCACUCCGAUACGUUACAAUACAAUACGAAACGAAACGAAACGAUACGAUACGAAACGAUACGAAACGAAACGAUACGAUACGAUACGAUACGAAACGAAACGAAACGAUACGAUACGAUACGAAGCGAUACGAUACAACACGACACGUUUGUUUAAUCCAUAAAAGAAAUGUAGAAACUACAAUAUGGUUUUCGGGGGAGUUACAGGUUGGAACUAUUUCUUGAUGAACAACACUUUAUCUAUCCACCUGGCACUUCUGUAGUAUCUCAGUCACUAUAGUGCAGGUUAGCAGAUACGAUCAGUGCUGCUGAACAAAACUGUAUGCAGUCACUGUACUCGGCUAUUGUUCAUCAAGAAGUUGUUCCAGUGCAUAACUCCAACAAACAAGAUACAACAUGUUAAUCAAUUUUACAACUGUUUUAUUUUCCACUUUGUACAGAGCCAGGCUAGCUGUUUUCCUUUGCUUACUGCCUUUAUGCUAAGCUAGGUUAAAUACGUCUGGACUUAAAAUGUUGAACUAUUCCUUUGACACUAACCAAAUCAUGUUAAUUUUAAAGAAACAUUUUUGUAAAAUAUGCCACAGUCAGGAAAUGUCAUUCAGUACAGACGACUUGGAAUAUGAUACGAUAUGAAACUGUAUCAUACCAUACAACUUUAUUGUCGGUUUACACUGAAAUUACACACUUACAGAUUCUUACAAUAACAUCUGUUUUUAUUAACUUGCAUAUGUACAAAUUUGAAACGUGACCAUAUGCUGUAAGUACAAAACAACCGUACAAUGUCUGAACAUUAAAUGGUCAAAUGAAGCACAAGGCUUUACACUAAGUUGCUUAAGUUCGACGUUGCUUAGUGCCUGGCCAGUUUUUAAAAAAAUAUCCUCCCUUUGGCAGCUCACUUUGUGCCAGUCUGAAUUUCCAGAAUGACCUGACUCUACUCUCUCAUUCCACCAGGACUUGGCUGAAAAGCAGGAAAUAAAAGAGGGUCAGAGAUACCAGAACUGACAAUUCAUUUUGUUAUUAUUUCUGUAGACCCCUAGAAAUUCCAUUUAUAUCACUAAAUUGUUUUCCCAAUUAAGCUGUGGUAGCAAACGUAAUUGGUGGCUGGAUUAUGUUUACAGGCAACGUACGUUUAAGUGAAUGACAAGCUACAGCUAUGUACCCCGCCAGGGAGGUUGUCGGUGCAGGUGGUGGGCAUACAAAGUGAACUUUGACAUAUUGCCAUGAAACAGGAAGUUGUCUUAUCUUGACACACACAAACUGCAAGAGCACAUUCGUUGUUCCUUUCAGCUUUUCUGUUGCAAAUUACUUGUAUAUAAACAUAAUUUCUAGGACAGGGCUGGGUUAUUUACCUUUCAAUCUAGUCCAUAGCAUCCGAGUUAGCUGAUUUGUUUUCAUUUUGCGCUCUACCUCGCUCAAACUAUUAGCUCUGGAACAUUUAGGACUGAAACUGCCAUCAGAGGUGCACAUCUGUUAGUCUGGGAUCUCCAACAUUGCCACCAGGGGAUGUAUUAUGUCACUUGAGAGCUCCCACAACACACAAGGACUUACAAAGUACUGCCCAAAUACAUUGUGUAAUGUUAAUGGGGGUUCUAUAGGCUGAGGCUCUGAGGCUCUGGUUCUGAGCAACAUGCAACAGAUUGUCUGUACAGGAGGUUUGUGCUGGAAAGAAUGCCAGGAUAGUUCAUAGUUAAUUGUGUCACAGAUGGUAGUUUUGCCAUAAAUCAUCUUUAUGUAAAAAAUAAUAGAAAACAAUAAUGCAUUAGAUAAUUCAAAGGCUUUACAGACUUUGGAUGCAAGAGAUGUAAAACAUAAUGUUACUAUGAUUCAUAAAAGUUUCAAAUGUGAAGUUAGAUUGAUAUAAUAAAGUGAUACUUAGAUAGCCUAUAGUGUGAAUGUACUGUACAAUAUGUGGGUAAAGUUUUUAUGGGUUUUUUCAGAGUGAAUAGUAUGUAAUUUAUUUUUGUACCAGAACAGUUGAAGUUCUUUUUUUAUAUUUUUGUCAUUGUUUGAAAUAAAUAUGAAAAUUCUUAAAGGCUGUGUUUCUGACAUAAUGCUGCAGGCAUUCCAGACAGGCUCGCGGCAAACAGGAACCUCCUCACAACAGAGACAUUAGUCAGUGAAGAAACUCUCUUUUCAACAGACACCAUACUUUGUUUUAUUGUGAAGGGGAUACCUUCGCCUCAAGGCUAAUGGGGCUUGUUCCAGCUGCAGCAACAUGUUAAGACGCUGUAUUGUCUCAUGUAUCCGUUCAUUUUUUCCUCUCUCAAAGCUGUGGGCUAAAGUAGGCAGUGAAUAGAAUCACCUGCACUGGAUGACAACAGGAUGUUUAACUUGUGUUCCCUGCGGAGGAAAAAGAAUUGAUGUCCCUUUGUUAAUAAUAUCCUGCAGGUACAGUGAGGGGCAUCAGAACAACUUAAAGUCUAGUUAAAGGAAUGUUGAUUAGCAGGUGGGGGGAAAGCAUAUUACAGCUGUUUUUCAGGAUUUGUGUGGUUGGUAGCAGAAACUAAUUGCUGAAGAUGACAAUAAAUACAUUUACCCAAA